AUGGGUUACUACGAUGAAGAUGGUAAGUUCCUCUCUCAGUACUAUUAUUCCCUCCAUUCCCAAAAACUCAACGGGGGCUACACGCAGGGCACUAUCACUCGUUCCGUCACGGCCUCCAACGUGCUGCCGACCGUGUCUUAGGCCGUCAUCACCAUCACCAUGAUCACCAUGGCCAUCGUCAUGAGGAGCGAAUUGUUCGCGUCCGCCAUGAUUAUCCACAUGUUGAACGUAGUGAGGAGAAGAUUGAGCUAACAGCGGGUCCAGCAUCAGCACGCGCUGCUCCCGCCGUCGCCCCCGAGCCAGCUUCCUACACCCCCAACACCGUCACCAUCCCAUGCCACCACAUCCGAGUCGGAGACCUCUUGAUCCUUCAAGGUCGCCCUUGCCAAGUCAUCCGUAUCACCACCUCCUCGGCCACCGGUCAACACAGAUACUUGGGUGUCGACCUCUUCACCAAGCAAUUGCAUGAAGAGUCCUCAUUCAUCGCCAACCCAAGCCCAAGUGUCGUCGUCCAAACCAUGCUCGGCCCAGUCUUCAAGCAAUACCGUGUUCUUGAUCUCCAAGAUGGUACCGGUAAGUAGUUAUCCACCUCAUCCUCAUUGGAUAUCUCACUGACAUCUUAUUCAGUUGUUGCCAUGACUGAGACUGGUGAUGUCAAGCAAGCCAUCCCUGUCAUUGACCAAUCCAAGCUUUGGCAACGUCUCAAGGAUGCCUUCGACUCUGGUCGUGGCUCCGUCCGCGUCAUGAUCUUGGCUGAUCACGGCAGCGAGUUGGCGGUUGACAUGAAAGUUAUCCACGGUUCUCGUUUGUGAUUUUCUUCCACAUUCUUUUCUUUUGCCUAUCAUAGCGUGAGGUCAAUCUUUUCACAAUGUUUCAUCUGUGAACGGGUUUCUUUUUCAAAAAAGAACUUCUAGUUUCAUACGCAGUUUGGGAUCUUUACAAAGUACGAACAUGAUGGAAAUUUGACUGAAUGGUUUUGGGGGGCCUUGUAUAAUGGUGAAAAUGAACUGGGACGAUGGAUAAAUUUGCUUUUUUUUUUAUGGGGGGAAUUAGUUGGUUUCAUGAUCUUUGAUGUUUUUUCUUCCUUUUUUGCAACUCUUGUACCCCAUUGGCUUGACUCUCUCUUUGGUGUGUUUGGUCAAUGGUGGCUUGCU